GAAAGUAAAAUAACCACGAGACGAAGGUCAGUUUUCUUUUAGAGUUCUGUUUAUGAAGAUUACCAACUUUUGAAGAUGCAAAUAGAAAGAAAUAUAAUUGGGUAUUUAAGCAAUGGGAAAUGAAAUUUAAGAUCGAGUUGAACAGUAAGUGGUUAUCUAAAGAGAGGAUCCAUCCCGUGAAUUUUUACUGCAUCGUGAUGCUGUGGUCAUUUUAUGGAUAAGGGAUUUUGGUGUGAAUUUUAUCACAGGUCAGUGCUAUCUUAAAACUUUUAUGAAUGAAAGAUCAGAAAUGAUGCAUGGCAGCUAUUAAAAGCCCAUUCAUGAUCAAUUUGUAGACAAGACUAUUUGCAGCUCUUCUCUUCCAUUGCAUUAAUCAAAUACAUGCAUCUUGAUAAAAAUAAAAAAAAUGUGAAAUGAGGAUUAUUGUAGUGAUUAAUUUUUCUGUCAGAUGAAAAAUGUUUUUAUCAAACUUUAACCCCAUCGAGUUGAUCACAAUGUGUAUCAUCUGAUGUUGAGGUGUAAAAGAGAUAAAAAGAAAUGAUAUCGUCUCAUUUUGAAUUCACUUGUUGAAGAUAUGCACAGGAAGACAGAAUAAUGCAGUUUUACAAUCAAUUAAGACUUAACAUGGAGUGAGUCGUUGGGUUUUUUUAAUAAAUGUUUUCGUAGUGAAAAAUAUCCUUUGCAAGAUUUGCAGGUGUGAGACGAUGGUCUAGAUAGUUAACUGAAUUUUCACUUUUCAAGUAUUAUUGAAUUAAUUAAAAGUCCAUUUUUUUGUAAAGUGGGUUUUGACAAGCUUGUUGACAACUUGAGAUUUUUCCUUUGAAGGGUAGGGACUUAUUCACUUUCCGAUGUCCCCUAAUGACAGAAUUUCAAACUCUGGAAUACUUCACAGCUUUCAUGAAGUAGGUGCUUUUGAAAGAAGUGCAUUUUUCUUCCUGUGCUCAGUUAGAACUAUUUAAAAACCCCAGCCCAAAUUUCUUCUCUUCUUCUAUUAAAUUGUCUGGACCAUACAAAAUUUACAUGUGCAUUUUUACUGUUUCACCUGUGGGUUCAGGUGAGUCUGUUAUAUUGUCGUUGAGAAAUACCAGUAUACUGUGAUUUUCUAGAUGUUUAUGAUAGUUGUAAAAACGAGAAUGUGUAUGUAUAUAUAUGUGUGUGUGUGUGUGUAAUUUUAAAAAUUUAAGGGGAUGUGUGUGUAUAGUGUGUAUAUAUACUAUAUAUGUGUAUAUGUAAUUAAUAUAUAUAUGAAAGAAAUUAUUCUUAUCUGGGAUUGUGACCUGAUGGGUAGAAUGAGAUGAUUUUUGAGUGUCUGUGAGUAUUCAAAGUUUUGAGUUUAGAUUAUGAAUUCAUUGAGUGAGAUGAUGUUUGAGUGUCUGUGAGUAUUCUAAGUUUUGAGUUCAGGUUAUAAAUUCAUUGAGGCUUGACUUCUCAGACAGGAAUACGUAGAUCUUUAGUAAACCACCCACCUCCUCAUUUCACGCUUGAUCUUGGUCAUUCCUUGAUGGGAACAAAUUUGGCGAUGGAGAUCAAUGAAUGAAUCUCUUAGAACAUCAAUCGUCUAUGGAGGAGAUUUUCAUUGGAUAAACACUUGUCGAUUUGACAGCUGUACAUACUUUUGUAAGUUCAGCUAAGGGGCCUCCUUCAAACUUUUCAUUUUCGGUUCCCUCUAUCACGAGAUUUUCUUUUUUACACACCCCCUGGGUUGUCAUAUCAGUGAAACAGAGCUGCUGAACUCACUAGGGUCAUCCACGGCAUGGAAAUAUUAGAUGUAAUUUUUACUGACAACUCGUGUGAGCUGCCUAUGUGUAUAAAACCAUCUCGGUCUUUGCUAUCUCUGGGUAAUUGGUAGGGGGUCCGAUCUAUAAUUUAUAUCUCUACCUUUCCUGAUUUAAAACCAGAGGAUCUUUAGCCUUUUUCUUCAUUAAUACAAAAUCUGUGAUAGAAGGAAAAAGUUCUUGUCAUUUCAAAAAAAAAAAGAACAGAUUCACAAUUCAGUGCAUAGCUUGGCAAGAUAGCUGCCUGUACUGAACUAUAGAGGGACUUGGGGUGUGGAGUGUUGACUACAUACCCAGAGGCACCAGAUUUGGACCCCUCGUCGGAGAAGUGUUUUCUCGUGAGCCGUUCAGCAGAAAGGAUUCAGACAGAAUUUCUCUUUGGAAGGUCUUCAAAAACAACAAUGUCUACCAAUUCCUGGACAACAGCGAUGUGACUCGCAGUAACUGGAUGCAUUAUACGAAUUUCGCCUACACUGCAACCCAGCAAAACUUGAUCGCGUGUCAAAUCGACUUCAAUAUUUACUUCUACACCACCAAGCCCAUCCCCCCCAACACUGAACUCAUGGUGUGGUACUGCAGGGAAUAUGCUGACCGCCUCAACUGCCCCCUGACAGGGGAGGAAAUGCUUCAGAACUGGAGGCGGCAGUACAUCGAGAGACAGAUCACCAUGCCCAAGCCUCUUCUCCCUCUCCCCAUCUGCCAUAAUGCAUUCAAACCAGACCUGGAGGAUUCCAAAUUCUGUCCAGAAAACCUAAUCAAGGAGUCCAAAAGUGAGAGCAGCAACAGUAGUCGUGACGAUGGUUACGCCAUUGACUACAGCCUCCACAAGAGGGACGGCAGCCCCUCCAGCGAAGACUUGGAAAGAAGUCGCGAGGAGAAACAGAAAACGGAGAACUCUGAGAUCAUACCCUCACCGACCAAGUCUCCCCCCCUGAGUUACAUGCCGGAGAGGCUGUCCCCAAUCUCUGCCUUCCAAGUUCGCUCCAUGUCGUCUGCUUUCCAUCAGAAACCUGUGGUGGCUCACAGUACGCCCCGGAAAUCAGGCACUGUGUUCGACAGUCUUCUGAUGAAGAAAAUGAAGGAGAAUGGGGAGGAUAUCCCUGAUAAAAUGCUGAAGGGUGAUAUGUCCUCCAUAGACUUUAACACACCCAAAGAAAUCAAAGCACAGAUCUCGCCUGCGCACGAGCACAAAAUCAAAACAGAAGAAUCUAGUCCCAAGGAUGUGAAAGAGCGUGCACCAAUUCCAGAACAAUUCAACCCUUUCAAUCCCUUCUUCUACAAGUUCAUGCAGCCAAACCCCAUGAUGGACAAAAACAAUUUGCCAUUGAAUCCGUACAUGAAUCGUCCAGAAGACAACAAAUACAUGUCGAAAAUGCCAUCACAGUCAGGGCCCCCCUUGUAUUUUCCUACUCCCUCCAUGCCUUAUAUUCCAGCCAUGUACCCAUUCGGUCCCUACCCAGGCAUGCCGUGGCAGAUGUUUCCUCCCCCCUUCCAACAGAUGGGAAAUCAGCAAGUGUCCAUGCCAUUUCCUCCACGUCCCAUGAUGCCUCAGCCAGAACAAGUCCUUAACCUCACCAAACCAAGAAUGGAGGGGGUUCAUGGGUCUCGGGGACACAGGAGUUUGCCCUACCCACUGAGAAAGAGGGAUGGGAAAAUGCAUUACGAGUGUAAUGUUUGUUACAAAUCCUUUGGACAGUUGUCAAAUUUAAAAGUACACCUCCGAACCCACACCGGGGAGCGGCCCUUCGUAUGCCAGACCUGUGGGAAAGGAUUCACUCAGCUUGCUCAUCUACAAAAGCACCAUCUUGUCCAUACGGGUGAGAAACCUCACGAGUGCACCGUCUGUGGAAAAAGAUUCAGCUCAACGUCCAACCUCAAGACUCACAUGCGCCUUCAUUCAGGAGAAAAGCCAUUUCACUGUAAACUUUGUCCCGCAAAAUUCACCCAAUUCGUCCAUUUAAAGCUUCAUAAAAGACUACACACAAAUGAACGCCCAUACGAGUGCCCACAAUGCAAUCGUAAAUACAUUAGUGCUAGUGGACUGAAAACUCACUGGAAGACCGGAAACUGCAUCCCAGCCGGUCUAAACAUUGACUACAACACACUGUUAGAAAAUACUCAUCAUGAUGUCAUCAGUCAAGAUCGCCAAGAUGGAUACAAUGAAAACAUGGAUGGUGAGAAAUUCGAAAAGUAUGACCAAGAACUGGAGGAAGAUCUCUCCAAUCAGAGCCAUUUAGACUCUUUCAAUAAUAACAAUGCCAGUCCCAGUGCUAAUGGAAACAUGAACCACCUACGGUUGAACAGUUGUAGCAGCAGUGUCAAUGGUAGUGACGAUGAGGGAGAGAAAAAUCCCCCCUCCCCCUCAUACUCUGACCCUGAAAACAGCAGUGCUAGUAUGUUUGAGAAACCUAUAGAAUACACCUUGUCUCCCUCACCCCCCAAAUUGUCCUCCCCACCCCCCAUUUUAAACCCCGAACCUGUCUCAGCAUAAUAUAGCCUGGUUAGUCGUGAAGCAGCAUUUGAUAGGAUUGAUAAUAUUCUGCAUAAUCUUAUAUUGUGUAAAUGUUACAUGCAUAAUAGAUGUUAGAAUACAUAUACAGUGAAACCUGUCUGAUCCGACAUGCACUGGGAGACGAUUCGUGUCAGAAUACACAGUAUAAUGCGAUAAACAGUGUAAAAAAAAACCAAAGAAAAUAUGAAAUUGAGAAUGAAAAUAAGGGUCAGAAUGGCCAAUUUGAAACAAAUUGCACAGAUGUCAAAUGAAGCAAUUUUCACUGUAUACACAGGUGUCAGAUUAUGCAGUUUUCACUGUAUAUGUAUGUCGAAGGUUCUCUUUGCUGAACUGGGGAAUGUAAAUACAAUGUAUUUUCAAUUAGAUUAGGAGACUAGAAACAACCUUUUGUCUCUUGGGGACUUUGCCAGCAGAAAGUGAGUGAUUAUAUAUUUCCAUGACUACUAAACCCAGGACUCAUACUUGUACUAUUUAAACAGAGUUAUGAUUUUUGUUUUUAUUAUUUAUUUUUCUCUUGAGUUGUGAUUUUCUUUGUACAAUUUUUAGCUGUAUGUACAUUUGUACAAAUUUUGAAUUAUUUAUUAUUUUUACUGCAUGUUGGUAUCAUAAUGUAUAAAAUACUGCUUCCAUGCAAGGUAUGUUUAGGGAAAACUGAGCACCAUCCCCUCCAUAUGUUUGUCAUAGCCCAUGCUCAAGCAUUUACAUGAUUUUCAAUUAUCUCACCAAAAAAAGAAAAUGACAAAGAGUUAUAAUGGCAGCAGUGCAUUUUUUUAUGAGAUGAAACUAACAUUUUGCUGUGUUUUAUCCUAAUACAAUGUGUGUUAUGUACUUGUAAUAUCAUUGUUUGAAUUUGGAUUUUCCCCCUUGAUUCUUCAAAAUUAUCUUGCAUUUAUAUUCAUUUUUAAACAUUUAAUCUAAAAGAGCAUUUUUGAUGACAUGCUUAACCAGCUUGUUGGAUAUUCUGAAUUUGUUGAAAAUUGUAGAGAUAGCACAUAACAAAUAUAUAGUUAAUUUAAAAGGUCCUCUAUGAAGAAGAAAAAACAACAUUACAUCUAAUGAAAUACUAUCAUUAGAUGAAACCUUUUAUAUUAUGCUUUCAAUGGGAGACAAUCUAUUUAUCUAUUUUAGUCCUUUAAUGGAGAUCAUAAUGUUAAUCCAUUGUUUCAUUGUUUACAAUAGGGAAAAGUCUUCUAGUGAGCUAUAAAUUUAACAACAAUAGUUCAGAUUGAAAUGGCAUUUGGCUUCAGAGAAAAUCUAGCGUCACUGAUUCUAACAGAGAUAAGAUAAUGUAUUGGUAAAUAAUACCCUUUUUUCUUGAAUUUUCUAAAACAAUGGGCAUGGUUAUCUCCCUUGGUAAGAGUGGUGUCCCUUGGCACUCUGACAUAUCGCCUAAAUCAUGAGUGAUAUUGGAAUUAAUAGGGCUGGGAUAGUCUUAGGCUCUCCAUCAAAUUAACAGAGAUGACAUACAAAAUCUGCUUCUGUGUUUGCUUAACAAAUUCCAAGAGACAAUUUAGGAUUCUGCACCGUGAAAUCAUCUUACUGCAUCACCUCCGCCAUAUCUGCUAAUCUACAAUCAAAGUAAUUUUAAAAAAUCGCUAGACAGCCAUCAUUUCCCUUUGACUUUUUUCUCUGAUGAAUUAUAAGAUUUCUAUGUAAAUUUCCCUCUGCGGCCAUGCUAGGAAUUAACAGUAUGACAUUAGAUUGAAAUUAGUGAAAAUCUUUAUCUAGAGAGUUCGCGCUAUUGUUCUUUAAUGUGGCCCCCAUUAGUGUGGCAAACUUCGCAGUCAACGCAUCACCUAGCAGGUCUAAAUAACAAAUGAUUUAGUAAAAUCAACCAGCAAAUAAAAAAAGCACAUUGAACAGCUCUUACGUUAUUUGCAUGUAGCAUCGCCGAUUAAAUCUCAAACGCAAAUUGGCAGUUGAAAUUGACAAGCAUAGAUAGCGCCCUGUUAACGUAGCUCAAUGACGAAAAUUGAUUGUGAAAGUUUUUCUGUCAACGGUUCCAACGGAAAUGUUUCGUUUUCUGUUGAAAUGUGUGUCAAUAUUUAUCAAUUAGGAGGAUAUUUACGAGGGGCUUGUUUAAAGCUCCGAAACAGAAAACCCCAAUAUUCAGAUCUAAUGAUAGGUGUUUCGGAGCAAAAAGAGAAAUUGUUCUUAAAUAGAAUGUGUUGAUAAAAAUCAUCCUCAAUGACUUUACAAAUAGCUCACCUUUUGGAUAAAACGAUGGCUAGGUGCUUCCCAUGUACCGGGUAAUACAAUGCCACGGCAAACACUUGGUCAAUUAAUGCAUUUAUACCCUUUUGCUUUUAAAAUACGCGAAUCCUUCUCUUUUUUUUUAUUUUGAGAAAUAAGCAUUUGUUACAUUUUCACAGUUGAUUAUAUCAAGUGUUUGAAGAUUUGUUUUAUAUAUAUAUAUAUAUACCAGUGUAAUGAUUGAAGUCUAACUUGUUUAUGUUUGGAUAAUAUUGAAAAAAUAAAUUAUAUGAAUUGAAAA